AAAAAUUUUAAACUUUUCUAAAUAAUGUGGUUAAGAUUAAAUUGAAUUGUGUUACAAUGUUAAAAAUUAAGCUGCCAAUUCCACCCUAUAAUGAACAAAUGAUAAAAAAAUUUUGUGAUGACAUUGUGGAAGUGAAAUUUGACCCAUUACCAGAUCCAAUAAGUUGUAUUGCAAUUGUUAAUCAUGGAUCUGAUAUAGAAAACAUUGCAAAUACAAUAAGGACUAAAACGAUUUUUGGUAAGAAUAUUGAAGUAGAAAUUAUCAAUGACGAUGAAUCUCUUUAUCAAGAACAUAUUGAAGCCGAUGAAGAUGAUGAAUCUAUGGCUUUGUAUAAUGAGUUCGAAAGAAAUAACAUCGAACCGAAACAUGAAGGAAUUGAUGAAGAAACUUUUGUAAAAUUACUUCAAAUGCGACUUCGUGGACCAAGGCCGGUUGUAUCAAACGAUGAUGUAAUUGAAAUUUUAAGUGAUACAACUGAAGAAGAUUUAGAUAACGAAGAGGUUCUUUCAAAAAUUGAUGAUGAAGCGAAUACAUUUAUCCAUGGAUUAUUAGAAAUACAGAAUUUAUAUACGACAAAAUCUGGUGAUAAUGAAGAAACAUCAAAUGCAUCUUUAAUGAACGACAAUGCAAUUGAUAUACCUACGAGGGAUACUGAUGCAGAUUUUGAGAGAUUUGUCUCAGGAACUAAACAAAAUAAUGAUACACUCGAAAAAAAUUUAAAACGUCCAAGUGAGGUUGGUGGUAUUCCUAUGCAGUCGUUGUUAAAUAACUUAAAUCAAUCAGAAACUGAUAGUAAUAAAAAAAUGAAAAGUGACCGUUUGAAUAUCUUACUAAGUCAAGAGGAUGUGACUAGCAAAGAAAAUAAUCGAACAGUUUCAUUCAAUCAAAAUGAUAUUAAUAGUUACGAUUCUGAUCUCAAUUAUAUUUCAACAAAUCCAACUGGUCGUUUAAGUGAAUUUAAUGGUACAUCAGAAGAUGGAACUACUUAAAUCUUCUAAAUAAUCUUCAAAUUUAGUGUUGAAGUGGUUUCUAUAAUGUUCGAUGGUUCCAAAUAAGUGAUGACAGUUAUUAAAAUUGUUAUUAAAUAAUAGGAAUAUAUUUAUAUAUUUAUUUUUAAGUUCCGUUUCAUUUAUAUGAGUUUUUACAAAAUGGUUUCAUUAUUACCAGAGGCGGAUUUACGAAUUUGCCGCCCAUAGGCAGGCAUCAAAGUGCCCCCUUUUUUCAUACAAAAAUCUGUUUUAUUUAUUUGGAAAUUGAAAAAUAUUUAAUAUAAUAAAUGAAAUAACUUUUUAAUCAUAAGUAAGGUUUACAAAACAAAAAAACAAAUCAUUUUUCAAUUAUUUCAAUGUACAUUUUUACGCCAGACUUUGUCAACAGCAAAUGUAUCGAUGAUUUUGUUCAGAUCAACUUGUAGCAAAGUUUCAACUUCAAUACACAUUAUAGCCAAAGAAUUUAGUCUGUUCUCUUUCAUCGUGGAACGCAAAUAAGUUUUGAUACGUUUCAAGCAUGAAAAUGAACGUUCCACAGUACAAUUUGCUACUGCAGUGCAAGUAAACAUUCUAACAGCGAUAUCGAUCAUCGGAUACAUCUGGUGCAACUUUGAACGGGGACGGUGAAUUCAUCCGAUAAUUCAACCUCUUUUGUUGAUGAUUUGAAAAAGUCGUUGAUUUUUCUCGAUGAAUCAAUAUCUUUUUUCAAUUUCUCUUUUCUUAAUUUAGAGUACUGAUACCCGCUUAGUCGUUGUCUACCAUCACUCAUUUUAAACGAUUCAAAUACUUCAGUACAGACUCUGACAUGGUACAGUUGACCAAAACAAGGCGGAUGGUUAGGUUAUAGUAUUUCUGAGAAACGUUCUAAAAUUUCCAGGAUGACAUUCGCGAACAUAGUGAUUAAAUAUAGUUUAAGUGAAGUGGCGACUUUUUCGAAUGAUUGUUUCACGCAAAAUUGACUAAAAUUGAAAAAAAUUCACAUUUUUACAUUUUUAUAAAACAAAAUUUUUUUAAUAAUUGAAACGAAUUUUUCGUUGCUCCAUUUUUUUUGCCGCCUUCCGUCUUGUUUUAGUCAACUGUACCAUGUCAGAGACUGUACUGAAGUAUUUGAAUCGUUUAAAAUGAGUGAUGGUAGACAAUGACUAAUCGGGUAUCAGUACUCUAAAUUGAGAAAAGAGAAAUUGAAAAAAGAUGUUGAUUCAUCGAGAAAAAAAAUUCAAGGCUCAGGCCUACUUUGCCUACGCCUAAAUCCGCCCCUGAUUAUUACAUACAAGAUGAAAUAAUUGUUGAAACUCAUAUUAAUAAUAUUAUAAAAAGUUACACAACUUAUCACUAAAUCUAGUUCUGUACGCAACGAAUAAAAUAAAGUAAAGAUUUCGUUUGGUACCA